GAUUCUGUCAAGUUUUAAGAACAAAUGCAUCUUAUAGCUCAUGGAAGAAAAAACACAAAUCAAGACGUUUUUGGGUUCCAAGCUGCCAAAAUAUGGAACGAAAUCUGUGAGAAGUACUCUGCAGCCAGUGCCAAAUGGGACCACUGUGGCUUUAUUAGGGGCUUCCAAGAGCAGUAGUGUCAAAAGUUACAUCAAAAAUAAUGGCUCUGAUUGUUCGUUGUCCCACUCAUUUAAUUGGAGACAAGCAAAUAAAUACCAACUUGGUUCACAAAAUACAGCAGAACUUAAUAGUAUUCAAAGUGCACAUGAUAAACUAAUUGACCCUGAGCAAAAUGCAGCUGCUCCAGGGACGCGUGAUGGGGAUGGGGUAAAGGUAGGUUUGAAAAGUGCUUCCGUGUUGACGUCCAAGUUAGCAAGACCAUCCACCAUGUUUUUGUCAUCUACAGAGGAGUUAAGUCCAAAAUCGUUUUCUGGACCAUCUAAUUUGGGUAAAUUCACCAAAGGCACAUUACUAGGAAGGACUUCAUAUUCUUCAGUCAAUGCCAAGUCACAUUUAAAUACAUUUUAUAGGAACCGGUCACCUGGUAACAUGCAGAAGCCAAGAGUGAAUUCCUGUGCCACCAGGAGCAGUUCUGGAGAAAGUUUGGCACAGUCCCCAGACAAUUCUAAAUCUAUUACUUGUGAAAAAAUGGUAAGGUCACAAAGUUUUUCACAUUCCAUUCAGAAUUCAUUCCUUCCGCCUUCGUCUAUAACCAGAUCACAUUCCUUCAACAGAGCUGUAGACCUGACAAAGCCUUAUCAGAACCAACAGCUACCCGUUCGAGUGCCUCUCCGGUCAGGCAUGCUGACGAGAAAUUCUCGGCAGUCAGAAGUACUCAAUGGGAACGAACACUUGGGGUUUGGUUUUAAUAGGCCUUAUGCUGCUGGCGCAAAGAAAUUGGCUUUAUCCAAUGGCCCAGGUGUAUCUUCCACGUUGGGUUAUAGGAUGGUUCAUCCCUCUCUACUGAAAUCUAGCCGACCUCCAUUUUCUGGGACUGUGACAGUUGAUAGUAAUAAAAAUUCACCUGCUGACAUGUGUGUCGAAGAAGAAGCUAUAGUUUUGGCAAAGGAUGGCUCUACUGACAAGGACCACGAACUAGUUGAAAAUGAAAGUUAUCGAACAGACAAUGAUCAGACCGUGAAGCAUGAUUCUAAAAUGCGGUACCUGAGUGAUGAUGUGGAUGAUAUUUCCUUGUCAUCGUUGUCAUCCUCUGAUAAGAAUGAUCUAAGUGAGGACUUCAGUGAUGACUUCAUAGACCUGGAGGACUCCAACAGAACUAGGAUCACUCCCGAGGAGAUUACCCUCAAAGAAGACAAGCAUGAGAAUGGACCAUCAAAGGAUAGAUUUGAUUCUCCUAAGGAAAAUGAACAGACCCUCAGUAAAACUGAUGAAUGGAUCGAUAUAAGUGUCUCUGACAGGAGUGAAUGUGCAAAGCACACUUCUGGGAAUAACUUGGUUUCACCAGAUACGGAUUACAGAGCUGGAUCUUCAUUUGAACUCUCUCCAUCUGACAGCUCUGAUGGAACGUACAUGUGGGAUGAAGAGGGCCUGGAACCCAUUGGGAGUGUCCAUCCUGUUGGCAGCUAUGAGUCCUCCGAAAUGAACAGCAUAGAUAUUCUGAAUAAUCUUGAGUCAUGUGACCUUGAGGAUGAUGACCUUAUGCUGGAUGUGGAUUUGCCGGAGGACACGCCUCUUGACAAUGUGGACUGUGACAAUAUGAACCGCUUUGACCGAGCCGACAGAAAUGUACGACAGUCACAGGACGGAUUUUGGAAAAGAGCACCCCAGAGGUGGAGUGGGCAGGAGCAUUACCACCUUAGCCACCCUGAUCACUAUCAUCACCAUGGGAAAAGUGACUUGAGCAGAGGCUCUCCUUAUAGAGAAUCCCCUUUGGGUCAUUUUGAAAGCUAUGGAGGAACCCCCUUUUUCCAGGCUCAGAAGAUGUUUGUAGAUGUGCCAGACAACACAGUGAUACUGGAUGAGAUGACCCUCCGACACAUGGUCCAGGACUGCACAGCUGUAAAAACACAGUUACUCAAACUCAAGCGUCUGUUGCAUCAGCAUGAUGGAAGUGGAUCAUUGCAUGAUGUUGAGCUGUCAUUGCCAUCCAGCCCAGAGCCAGAAGAUGGAGAUCAGAUAUAUAAGAAUGAAGAUUUAUUAAAUGAAAUAAAACAACUUAAAGAGGAUAUAAAGAAAAAAGAUGAAAAAAUCCAACUAUUAGAGCAUCGACUUGCCACCCGGUGUAACUGUCAUCAGAAAUCUAAAGAGGAAAAGUGUACAUAUGCUGAUAAAUACACCCAGACGCCCUGGAGAAGACUCCCUCCUCAAGUACUACAGCCUUCCAGCAGCCUUCCCAGAUCUACAGACCACGCCCAGGGAACACUAAUAAAGCCACAACAUACCGAGGCCCACAGUGAACACAUAGUCCAAGGCAUGUGCCAGGAUGGUGUCCAUCCAGAUGGAAGCUUUACACAUGGCUUGCAACAAGAAAACAGCUAUGAUUUGGAAGACCGUCCUUUGUCGCCAAGCUCACAGUUCACAGUGGAUGUGGUGAAGGGCAUACCUUCUGAAACGAACCUGAGCAUGACUAUGAAUGCUCAAGAGCCGUAUCAUUUGGCAAAGAAUCAAACUAGUGACAUGCAGUUUGUACCUACUCCUCCUCAGACACCUUCCCAGUCAAGUACAGUGGACCAGACUAAGAGGGUUGGAAGAAACCAGUCUCCUCAGCUCAAGUCCAAGCAUUUAAAGCCAUCCAUCUUGAGUUCUUUGGCACAUCCAGAUUCUGAUUCAUCACCACGUAGGACUUCCACAUAUAAGAAGUCACCAGUAAUCGCACCAUGUAAUUCAAAGCAUCAGCCAAUGUCUAAUCAAAACAAUCUUGCAAACAAUUUAAAUCUGAAAACAUCUAAACUCCGUCCCCCUUCUGGCACUUUGAAACAAAAACAAAUCAGCAAUUCCCAACUAGAGCCUCAAAACUUCCAGGCCAAGACAAGCAUCCCAAGGCCAUUAGCACGACCAAAAGAACUGCAGAAUCCACACAGCAGUUUGCAUUCUGGGGACUGUGUGGCCUCUAAUCGAUAUUCUCGUCUUCCUAAACCAAAGAUACAUUAAGUGCAUAGCCAUCACCUGCCAAUUUGUCUUUCGAAAACAGUCUGCUCUGUGAUAGCUUUAUGUGCAGUGUAUUACUAUGUUGGAGGUUCCAUUACAGCAAAUCUUAAAAUUAAAACUCAGAAGCUUCUACUAGUUUGGCUCUUCCAUUUUCUAUUCUAGUUGAACUUUAUACCAUUUGCACAUUCUUGUCUCAGGUAAACACAAGUUUACUUAUCCAUCUCAGAGGCUAAGUCAUACUAUCCAGCCCCAUCUCUGCACACCGAAAAAGUCAAGUAUUCCAUUUACCAGGCAACAUAUGUACUUUGCUAAUUUAGUCCUGUUGUGGCCCAUAACUGGUUAUUAAAACUUCACCCCUUUGCUUACUCUUACUGUGAGUAUGGUUACUAUUUGAACUAAAGAUCCAUAGUGAUGAUGGAAGAUGAUUGUCCAUAAGCAGGGUUCUGGCCAGUGUUUUGUAUAUUUCUGUGGUCUAUGCAAAAUCUCCACAAUGAAUAAAGACCAGGCUUUUAGUGGGGGAAUCCUUAUAGGUUUUAUCUUUCCUUUCUAGGGUCAAUAAUAUAGUCCUACUGUUUCUCCUUUUUUCAGACAAAUUUCCCGGGCUGACAGUUUUCAUUAUUUUAUGUAAACCAAGUAGAUGUUAUUAUAACACCUUGUUUCAUACACACAUGUACUAUAUGCUUACAUUGCUACUGGGUAAAUUUGGAGAGCUUGAGAUGCCUAAGGGUGUAUUGGUUGUAACCUCUGUUGGUGCUAGAGUUUUGCUGGUAAUUGAGUUUUAAACCCUAUUAACUUAUUGAUCCAUCAUAUUACUUUAAGUUUCCAUAACAUACAUGGAAAAUUUAAAGUUAAGUUUUUAUUGUAAUAAUUGUAUUGAUUUUGACUAUUUGCUAAUAUCUGAAGACUGGAAUAAUGGACUUGAAAUAUUUGCACAAAAUUUUGAUGCGAUAUAAGAGGAAUUUAAAGCUUAUUUUCUAUAAAAAUGAGUUAAAACACUGAGAAAAUAUAUAUAAAUUUAAGAAUAUCAUGAUAAAUUGUUUUUCUGGGUUUCCUGAGUUUCCCUUUUCUAUUUUGAAUGAAGAUUUCUUGAAAAGUAGAUUUGGAGUGGGGGGAAUGAAAUUGUAGCUAGGAAGCUGUUCUUCCUGAAGGAUUGCUGCAGAAGGUAGCUGUGGGGGCUACAGAAACCCACCCAUGCUGCUGACCAUUUCUCAAGCAGUUGAGUAAAUUUACCUUACAUUUGUCCAAGUCAUGCCAUCUUUAGGCUGGUCAUUUAAUUCAAAUUAAGAUUUUUCAGACAAAUAACCUUACAGGUUAUUAGCUGACCAAAAAAAAAAUCUAUCAAAAGGAAUUGUAGCCAAAACAGUUAAGCUGCUAGGCUUCUUUUUUAAAUGUCACUAGGUUACAAAGAGAACCCUGGUAUCCAGUUGGUUAGUGGAAAGCUUCAGUUACACUUGCUGCCAUCUAGGGGCAGUCUUCACCUACUGUGUCGUGAUCCCUCAAGUCAGUUUGCCAUUUGGAGAUGCUGACCUUUCUUGGGUUUGGGAGUGGAUGAGUAUAGUCUCACACCACAGCACUUUAGUCAGAGAAGAACCGAAGCUCAGGACACCCUGACGUAGGCCAGAUGCUAUGGCGUCAUCACUGCUGUGGGCAGAAGCACCCCUUUGUUCAUGAAUGAGAGCCAGGCUGCUUGCAGCUGUAUGUGAGCUCAUGUGCUUUCCCCUUGUGGGGAAGAGAAGCUAAUCUCAUCAUUGCGUGUCAGCUACAAUCAUACUCUAGCUCCUGCAGUAGAACGUACUAGUGUCUGUUUCUUAAAUUAGAGGUUUGUAUAGACUUUUGUGAAGUGCUUUUGCGGGUUGGCCUUAUCCUUAGGGGAAAGUUUCAAUUUUUAUAAUUUAUUUAUAACCCUCUGCUUUGAGGGAAAUGUCUUCAUUGUCUGUUAGAUGAAAAUGUUGACUCCAGUAAUUUGUUUAUUUUAAUCUUUGGCCCUUUUAAUUUUUUUCUCCCUGAUGAAUUUGCAGAAAUAUGCAUCCACCAGUUUAUCCUCUGUAGCGUUGUUGGGCCUCAGUCUUGAUAGAACAUAGGUAGACUCAUUAUUAUAUAUUUUUCCUUCUUCUUUGUUUUUGGUUGAUACAAGAGCCUCACAUAUUCCAUUCUGGGCUCUAGCUCACUGUAUAGCCAAAGAUAACCUUGGAUGUUUUCUCGCCUGUCCUCAUCGCCAGAGUACUGGGAUUACAAGAGUGCACGACCACACCUGAUUUUAUGUGGCACUGGAAGUCAAAUCCAGAGCCUCGUGUGGUAGGCGAGCACUCUGCCACAUGAGCUCCAUCCCCAUCCCUCAUCAGCAUACUUUUAAAACAAUGUAUGCUUCAAAUACAUUACCUAGAGAAGACAUCUAGGAUGCAUUUGCAAAUAACAGAAUAUUUGUCUGCAGUUUUUUUGUAAAAGCUGCAAGAACAUCUUGUCUACUCCUAGGAAUACUGAGAAGUGGAGAUGAGGGCACAGCACUGCUGCGUAAACAGAGGUCACACUCUUCACAUCUGCCUUGAUCUCUUGAGUGCAUCUGUAAACCAGCACUCUGCCUACUGUCUUCACAGGAACGUAGCUCACUCUGUUCUUUCGGUGAGGAUAGUGGGAGUGGGCGAGCUCCAAGUGCCAAGGGGAAGUUGGGCAGUUUUUACAUGUGUGGAAAGAAAAUAUACAGAAUUGUUCAUUUGACUUUUAACAGGAUGCGUUUCAGACUAUUGAAUUUUGAGCUACAGUUUUGCUAUGUGGCCCUGAGUUUGUUCAAAGAAAGUUUGAACUAAGAUGUUCAUUGGUAUAGGUACAGGUGAUUCCACGGCUUACAACAAAGCAUUGUAGAUGGUUUCUAAUCACAGACCAUCUACCUGUGAUUUUUCUUUUGGAGUCUCAUUUUUCAUUUGUACUCUAUUUUCAGGCAUAUUAACUACUGUUCACUGUAUUUAUAUAGAUGUUAGGGAACUUACUAAGCAUUUAGUAAGUAAAAAAUCUGAGUAUGAAAGAAAAUAUCAGAUAUGCACUUUAAAUGAGCUUAAUUGCUAAUAGUUGUGCCUGAAAUAUCAAAUUGCCUCCUGUGGGUGUGGCUUUGUUUAGUGAAAUGAAUUUCUCUGUAAAUGUUCCUGUGGGAAGGAAGUCGUAGAGCCUUUCACUGAACUUUAUCCCAGCAUGCCACUUUGCCCAUGAUAGCACGAAGUUUUCUUUGAAUGUUCAUUGUCCCUUUUAGUAUUUUACUCAAUGUAUCAAAGGCAACUUCAUCCCCAUAACUGUCAUUUUGGAAAGGUUCCAUGCCACCGAUGGUGUUCCAGACACAGGUGUUCUUGUUUGCUACCAGAGUGGUCUGACCAGCUUCCUGAGGAUGCACUUUGGGGUCAACUGUGCUUGUACUGAAGGCCAGGAAGACAGCAGCUCCAUUCCCACACCCUCCAUCCUACACUGUAGCUUCCGUGUUGCUGAGUUAACUUGGGUAGUUACUUCUGCAUGCUUAUGCACACAUUUGAAAAUGAAGUAUAGCCGUAAUAUAAAUAUGUAAGGUUUCCCUUGGAGAUGAUGGCCUUGCUGUUUUCUUGAUUCUGAUGCUUGAGUUCUAUUUUCUGUUGGUCUUUCCACAGGUUUCUUUAAGUUUUUGCUGCAGCAGUUUGAGAGGAUACAUUUGGACAGAUGAUAAUGAGGUUUCUAUAAUUAUGUAACUGAUUAAAGACUGUGUCGUCACCUUGUUGAGUAAAAGGCGCCCCCUUUUUUCUUGGUAGUGUAUUGCCAUGAUGAGUAAUGCUGGCCUUGAGAACUUAGUCACGACUAAAACCAGAAACAGUGUCUGCAAUGUCGUUUUCCCCACUGAUUUUACAAUCCAGUUCAGAGUACAUAUUGUAUAUUAGAAUUUGCCUGUAAAGGAAUUAUGGAAACCAGAUGUAAAGUCUCUUUCCUGAACAUGUUGGCUUAGUAAAUAAAAAAAUAAAGUUCAUAAUUAUAAGAA